AUGACACCUUUCGCAGCUUCUGAGAUAGCGACACCGUUGAAUGCGUCCAGCAUAACAAUUAGAAGCAAUGCUCUCGGCGGACCCUACUUACAGACCAGGAUGCACCAAUUGAUCAGCGGCCAAGAGGCACAACUCAUGCGCUUCUUCAUCGACAGCAUCGCUCCUUCUUUUGAUCUGUGCGACAGGGAUCGGCACUUCUCUCUUGUUGUGCCCCAGAGAGCAUUGAUGUGUCCCAUACUGCUCAAUGCAGUCUUUGCUGUCUCUGCAAAGUAUCUGUCGGCGGUCUCUGAUUUCGACCCAGUGGUGUCAGACAGACACAGCCAAGAAUGCCUCAAACACUUGAUACCAAAGCUUUGCGAUGCGGAAGCCAUUACGGAUGAGAAUAUUUUGGCUGCAACAGUCAUCCUUCGUCAUCUCGAGGAACUCGAAAUGUCCAUGUCAGGCUCAGGUGUAGAAAACUAUCUGCUGGGAACCCGUCUUUUGAUGGGUGCCCAAGAGCAUCAUCGCGCCUUCGCUGGCGGCCUGCGAAAUGCAGUCUACUGGUAUGGACUGAGGCAAGAGAUCUAUGUUUCCUUCAUCAAACAGAGGCCUAUCCACGAAUCGUUCAAACGCUGUACCAUGGACGUCCCUUGGAAUCCAAAUGAUGAUUUCGAAUGGGCUAACAGUAUAGUCGCACGAGUCGCUGAGCUCGUCCAGUUUUGCUUCGAUGAGACGGAACACUCCAUAUCUAAUUACGACCAGAUAGUUCAGCACUUCGAUUCCUGGUUCGAGCAGAAGCCGGCGUCAUAUACGCCUCUCUAUUCUGAAACCUGCGACUCUUCGACCGUGUUUCCGAAGUCUUGGUACCUUAACGCGGCGAUCAUCACAGGAGUGCAGCACUAUCAUCUUGGCCGAGCACUCCUCGCCGUGUACAAUCCAAGGAUCCCAAGGCUGGGAAUAGCACAUCGAUACGCGUUGCAAGAUGCAGAGAAAUCUUUGAAGGAGCAGGUCAUGAUCAGCUGCGGUAUAGCGUUAGCCACCCCGUCCAUGACGGCCAGCUAUGUCCAUGCUUGCCUUAUUAUUGCUUUGGGUGGGGACCGCUUCACCGAACGUAGAGAGCAAGAAGCGCUCCAUGGAAUCCUGGUCGAGGCUCAAAAAGUGUACGCUUGGCCUACGCAACCCGUGCAGGAUCAUCUCAGAGAAGUCUGGGGUUGGUAA